AUGAAAAAUGGCAUUGCUAGUUUUUUUGGUGGAAAUCUAAUCACUUUUCCAUAUGUGAAAUCACCGCCUUUGAAGAAAAUACAAUGCAUGGUUUGUCAUAAACCUAUGGAUUUUAUUAUGCAAUUAUAUUGUCCAAUUGGUGAUUCAAAAUAUCAUAGAACAUUGUAUUUUUUUGUCUGUAUAAAUAAUCCUUGUCAGUUGAAUGGAAAUAAUUGGAAAGUUUUGAGGUCACAAUAUCUUAUGAAAUGUGAUCAGAAUUCUCAGGCAAAAUUGGUGUGUGGCACAAAUUGGUGUGUUGACUAUGAAGCUAAUAAUAGUUCAGAUGAAGAAAGUUGGGGUCAAGAUGUUGAGCAAAAUCCGGAAGUAUGUUAA